AUGGCUUUCGUGUGUGCUAUCAGCGGCGAACCAACUGAAGAUCCUGUGGUCUCCCCGGUUUCGGGGCACAUAUUCGAUAGAAGACUGAUUCUUAAAUACAUUGCUGAGAACGGAACGGAUCCCGUCACCAAUGGCGAACUGAACGAAAAUCAGCUUGUUAGUGUAAAGCAAGCUGGCACUGGAACGGCCGUAAGAAAUGUUUCUGGAACAUCGAUUCCGUCUCUUCUCAAAAUGUUGCAAGACGAGUGGGAUACUGUUAUGCUUAAUAGUUUUUCUCUUCGUCAACAACUUCAAGUCGCUCGUCAAGAACUUUCUCAUUCAUUAUACCAGCAUGACGCCGCUUGCCGCGUUAUCUGUCGGCUUUCCAAAGAACUGGCAGCAGCUAGAGAAGCGCUGUCGACUUUGAAACCCCAAACUACUUCCAAGUUUGACGAUGAUGUCAGCAUGGACGAAUCGGAAGAUAACCAAGGAAUCACGGAUGCCAUUGCUGCGAAACUUGAAGAAAAGUCGAAAGCCUUGACUGCUGAAAGAAAACAGCGUGGAAAAACGCUCCCAGAAGGGCUUGCCAAGCAAGAGGAAAUGUCUGGGCUUAAACAAAAAUCGACGCAUACCGCUAUCCAUUCUACUGGAACUCCUGGAAUUACCGCUCUUGAUGUUCGUGGAGAACUCGCGUUGACUGGAGGCGUUGAUAAGACUGCAGUUGUUUAUAACUAUGAGAAGGAGCAAGUUGUGCAAACUUUCAAGGGACAUACGAAGAAGGUUAACGCUGUUGUCUUGCAUCCAAAUACAACAACAGCCAUUUCCGCUUCUGCUGAUUCGCACAUUCGUGUCUGGAAUGUUUCUGACAACGCUGCUAAAGCUGUUAUUGAUGUUCAUCAAGCCGCUGUUACUGAUAUAUCGCUCAACGCUACAGGGGAUUAUAUUCUGUCUUCUUCUGAUGAUUCUUACUGGGCGUUUAGCGACAUCCACACCGGAAAAAUCUUGUGUAAGGUUGCCUCUGACCAGGAGCAACCAGUAGCUAUUCAUUGCAUUGAAUUCCAUCCUGAUGGUCUUAUUUUUGGCACUGGUACCGCUGAUGCCGUUGUUAAGAUUUGGGAUUUGAAAGGUCAGACGAAUGCAGCCAACUUCCCUGGCCACACCGCCGCAGUUCGAUCGAUUGCAUUCUCAGAGAAUGGCUACUAUCUAGCCACAGGAUCGGACGAUGGAGAAGUCAAAUUGUGGGAUUUGCGAAAACUGAAAAAUUUGAAGACAUUGGUCACUGAAGAGAAACAACCUAUCAACAAAAUAAGCUUCGACAUGACUGGCACAUUCCUUGCUAUCGGAGGUCAAAAGGUGCAAGUCGUUCAUGUGAAGAGUUGGACAGAAGUCGCCAAACUUUCUGAUCAUACAGCGGCGGUGACCGGAGAGCUUGUAGACUUCGUUACUUGCUUGUGUAUAAUUCAGGAGGCUGUGCUGGAAAUGUCCGGUUCAUCCUCGAGGAAGCGAUUAACGGAGUCGAAUAGUUCUGGAUUGGAAACGCCAGCCAAAAAGAAAUCAGGCGCACUAGGUUUCUUAAUCGCACCUUUUACAACAUUAGUUGGAAUGUUCCGGCCUGGACGUGAAGGAGAAAACGAAUAUGACGUAGAAUAUCAGCGCAGAGUUUUCGACAAUGCUGAUGGCGAUGAGGAAAACGAUGAAUUAUCCGUCAUUUCAGGAAUUCCCAAAAGGCGAAGCAAUAAUCACAAUGAAAUUGUAUUUUUGAACGAUGAUAGCGGCGAAAGAGCGCAAGCGGGAAUUGAUGAAGAAACUGCCGAUGAUGGUGAUGUGACUGUUGUGGAAAACACGAACGAAGGUUCUGAUUGCGUGACUGUCAUGGGCGCUAUCAAAAGAAAUACGGACGACGUGACUGUCCUGGGAACCGUCAAGAAAGACUUCGACGAAGAUAUACAGAUAAUUCAUCUUAACAGUGAUACCGAUGAUGUAGUCUCAAUUGCGUCAUCAGGAGUCGAUGAAACUCUCUGUCCUGAUGAUAGCGUAAGCCGUUCUCAAACGCCGACAAUGUUCAGUUGGAACGCAACAAGUUCGACAAAACCGAUUCGAGAUUAUUGGCGAAGAGGCAGUUCUAAGAAAAUCCCUACAAAAAAAAAACCGAUUCUUUUCGGUGAAUCUUUGAUUAUUCCACGCAACUCCACUCCGUUCUACAAGAAAUAUUCAGAACGUGAAUCAAACAAAGUAAUAAGGCCCACUGCGCUCAGCAAAUACGUCGAAUAUUUGUUGAAUAAUGAACUUCUUCCCGGAGGAAUUCUUCCACCAAAAGCCGAACUGCCGAAAACAAUACGAUAUUCGAAAAGUAAUGAGCUUAUUGAAAAGGCGAACAAAAUUAUGGAAAAAUUACCAGAGUCGGGAUCGAAUACUCCUAGGAGCUCCGUAACAUCGCAUAGCGAGAUGACUAGUCGAACUAUGCACCGAACACCAUCAGUUUCGUCGACGAGUAGCGCUUCUGAUGCGAAAUUGGCCGAUUUACUGGCUAAAAUGAACAAAUGCGAGGUGUCUACAAGGCUAUUAAAUGAGAAGUAUAAAAGGACGGAAGCUGGAGUGAAUUUUGCGUCUCAAAGACAUCAUGCUCUAACCGAAGAGUAUCGAAUUCGAAGCACCGUGCGGAUUCAGAGUAGAGAUGAGAUUGAAAAAAGUACUCGGGAAAAAUUGGAAAUGCAGGGCAUAUGUCUAAAAUCGAAGAAAAAAGAAAGAGAAGAGUUUGUUGAACUUCCGCUCGAGGCUGAUUCAGUGUGUAAUAAAGCGUGGACUCGUCAGUCUCCUGAAGAAGUCUUCGUUGAAGACUUUUCUAUCAAAAUCACACGAAAAGACUUGUGCACACUUUCUGGAUUAGAAUGGCUUAAUGAUGAAAUCAUAAACUUCUACCUUCAGUUGGUGACUAAAAGAAGCCAAGAAAACCAGAAAUACCCAAAAACUUACGCAUGUAACACGUUUUUUUAUGCAACACUAUCUACAAAGGGUUAUGCGAGUGUGAGACGAUGGACUAGAAAAGUUGAUAUAUUCUCAUACGACAUUUUGCUUGUACCAGUUCACCUGAAAUUGCACUGGUGUAUGGCUGUAAUAGACUUUGGACAAAAGCGUAUCGAUUACUAUGACUCUUUGUUUGGCCGAAAUCAGCAAUGCCUCAAUAAUUUGAAAGGCUACUUGGAAAGCGAAUCUAAAGACAAAAAGGGUGUUGCGUUCGACUUUGACGGGUGGGAAUUGACCCUUCGAACUGAUAUUCCUCGUCAAUUCAACGGCAGCGAUUGUGGUGUAUUCUCCUGUCAAUUUGCGGAGUUCGCUUCUCGCCGCCUACCACCAAUUUUCACACAAGAGCACAUGCCAUAUUAUCGCAAGCGAAUGAUGCAUGACACUUCAAAAGACAGCGGUGCGAAUUCCAAUCAUUUCAAAGACGGAAUAAUUGAUCUUUUCGCCGGGACUUUAGGUGGCGUUGCCAAUGUAUACGCCGGUCAACCACUUGAUACCGUCAAGGUUAAAGUUCAAACGUUUCCACAUCUUUAUUCGAACUGGGUUGUGUGUCUGAAGGAUACAUAUAAACUCGAUGGAAUUCGAGGAUUAUACGCUGGAACGUUGCCGGCGUUGGCGGCAAAUGUUGCCGAAAAUGCCGUCCUUUUUACCGCUUAUGGAUUUUGCCAAAAAACCGUUGGCAGCAUUUUCGGGCACACCGACAUUAAACAUAUGUCGCCUCUCGAAAACGCGUUCUCUGGUUCGCUGGCAGCCGUGUUCGCUGCGACCGUUUUGUGUCCCACUGAACUUGUUAAAUGCCGGCUGCAAGCCGCUCGAGAGAUGAAUAAAAUUUGCACCCCGAUAUCCGUCGUAAAAGACAUUUUCAAGGAAAGUGGGCCCCGAGGGUUGUUCGUCGGUAUGACCCCCACACUCGCAAGAGAGGUUCCUGGUUAUUUCUGCUUUUUUGGUGCUUAUGAAACCACUCGAUAUCUUCUUACAAAGCCUGGACAAAAGAAGGAUGAAAUUGGACUUUUAAAAACGGCGAUUUCGGGAUCGAUCGGAGGAAUGGCACUUUGGACAGCAAUUUAUCCUGCCGACGUUGUGAAAUCAAGAAUGCAGGUUACAGGAAAAGGAAGCUUCUUUUCGACACUGAUUGCAGUUUUCAAAGAAACUGGUCUCCGUGGACUUUAUAAAGGACUUUUGCCUACAAAUCUUCGCACUUGUUUUGCUUCUGGAUGUCUUUUUGUACCAGUAGUUGGAAAUUCGCGAGUUUCAACGACAUCCCGAAAGGCUCAGCUUCUGAAAUUUUCUAAAAAACAACAUCAGAAGAUAUCCGAUUAUUUGAAACUAAUGGCGACUCCUGAGAUUGAAGCGCAACUUGCUCCACUUCGAGCGUCGGUGAAGGAAUACGGUGAUCUCGUUCGUAAGCUGAAAGCUGAUGGAGCACCAAAGAUUGAUGUGGACAAAGCAGUCGUCGAGCUAAAAGCUAGAAAGAAGGUUCUAGAAGAGACCGAGAUUGCUCUAGCUCCAAAGGAAGCCUCUUUUGAUCGUCUAAAACUUGAAGAUUUGCUUAAACGCCGUUUCUUCUAUGAUCAAUCGUUUGCUAUUUAUGGAGGAGUCACCGGAUUGUACGACUUUGGUCCAAUGGGAUGCGCUCUGAAAGCAAACAUGCUCCAGGAAUGGAGAAAACAUUUCAUUUUGGAAGAAGGAAUGCUUGAGGUUGAUUGUACCUCGCUUACCCCGGAACCUGUUUUGAAAGCUUCUGGUCAUGUGGAACGAUUUGCUGAUUGGAUGGUUAAAGACACCAAAAAUGGAGAAUGCUUUAGAGCAGACCAUUUGAUCAAAAACAGCAUCGAGAAAUUGCUAAACGACAAGAAAACCAGUGCCGACGUAAAGAAAGAUUGUGAAGAUGUAUUAGCUCGCCUCGAGGGAUUCGAUGAUAAAGACAUGCACGAGGUUAUUACUCGCUUCAAUUUCAAGUCGCCAAUCACUGGAAACGAUUUAACCGAGCCAAUUGCUUUUAAUCUCAUGUUUCCAACACAAAUUGGACCCACUGGCGAUUUUAAAGCCUUUUUGAGACCUGAAACGGCGCAGGGAAUUUUCGUGAACUUCAAAAGACUUCUCGAAUUCAAUCAAGGAAAAUUGCCGUUUGCUGCUGCUCAAAUCGGACUUGGAUUCAGAAAUGAGAUUUCGCCAAGACAAGGAUUGAUUAGAGUUCGCGAGUUCACCAUGUGCGAAAUUGAGCACUUUGUUGAUCCAUCGGAUAAGAGCUUGGCAAAGUUCCGAAAAGUCGCUGAUGAGAAAUUGGUUCUCUUCUCAGCAUGCAAUCAAAUGGAUGGUCAAGCCGCUCGCGAAAUGAGCAUUGGUGAAGCUGUUGAAAAGAAAAUUGUAGCGAAUGAGACCCUUGGUUAUUACAUGGCACGAUGCCACCAAUUUCUUAUCAAAGUUGGAAUUGAUCCACGUCGUUUGCGUUUCCGCCAACAUUUGGCUAAUGAAAUGGCACAUUAUGCUCAAGAUUGCUGGGAUGCUGAAAUUUUAACAUCUUACGGAUGGAUCGAGUGCGUUGGAAAUGCUGAUCGUGCUUGCUAUGACCUUCAACAACAUUACAAGGCUACAAAUGUAAAGCUUGUGGCUGAAAAGAAACUUGAAAAACCAAUGGAUGUCUCCGUUACCGAAGCUACUCCAAAUAUGGCUGUUCUGGGAAAGACAUUUAAGAAAGAUGCGAAGAAAGUUCAGGUGGCCUUAUCUCAACUUGAUGAAAAACAAGUUGCUGAAUUAGAAGCUGAACUUCUUAGCAAAAAAAUUUAUAAUCUCUCUAUUGAUGGAAACAAUGUGGCACUUACUCCGGAGCACGUCACCAUAAAAAAAUACACCAAAACGCUUCACGUGCAAGAAAUCACGCCAUCUGUAAUUGAACCUUCUUAUGGAAUUGGAAGAAUAAUGUAUUCUCUUUUGGAGCACUCUUUUCGUCAGCGUGAAGGCGAUGAGCAAAGAACUUUCUUGGCUUUCAAACCGUUGGUUGCGCCAAUUAAAUGCUCUAUUUUGCCAAUUUCUGCUAACGAAAAACUAGUUCCACUGAUUGAGCUGGUCAAAAAUGAACUAUCCAAGUUUGAGAUGAGCUACAAAGUGGACGACAGCUCCGGCUCAAUUGGUCGUCGUUAUGCUAGAACUGAUGAGAUCGGAAUUCCAUUUGGCGUCACUGUGGACUUCGAAUCUGAGAAGACACCCCACACCGUUACUGUUCGUCAUGCUGAAACAAUGGCGCAGAUCCGUUUGGAGAUUUCCGAGCUUGGACGUCUCAUUUCCGAUUUGUGCUCCUCUAGACUUCAGUGGUCUGACGCGGAAGCUAAAUAUCCCAAAUUUGAAGCGAAUGCAGAAUAA